AUGAAUAAAGCUUUCAUGGGCCCUGCACCGGAAUUCGACAAGAAACCAAAGAACAUGUCACUCUAUAAAAGAAUAUACUGGAACCGUCUUAUCUUCACUGGUGUAAUGCCUCUGAUGGCACUUGUAGUGGGUAUCGGAUGGGUUCCACUACAACUACGGACCGCCAUUUUUACUUUAAUUUAUUCAUCUAUCUCUGGGAUUGGCAUUACUGCAGGAUACCAUCGUUACUGGUCGCACCGAUCAUAUUCCGCAACUAUAGGGCUGAAAAUUGCCUUGGCAGUUCUUGGGGCAAGUGCAGGAGAGGGGACCAUCAGAACCUGGUGCAAGGACCACAGAGCGCACCAUCGAUAUGUCGAUACUGAUAAGGACCCUUACGCUAUCCAUAAGGGUUUCCUUUAUGCACAUUAUGGAUGGGUCAUCAUCAAACGAAGAGUGGAACGAAAUGUCCAUGUCGACAUUCAGGAUCUCGAAAGCGAUCCUAUUGUCUUGUGGCAGCGUCGAAACUAUGCUGUUAUUCUUUUCUUGUCGGCAUUCGUCUUCCCUAUUCUAUUUUGUGGAAUAUUCUUUCAGGACUUUCUCGGAGGCAUUAUAUACGGCAGCUGCAUGAGGGUAUUCAUCGUCCAACAAAGAACAUUUUGCAUAAAUUCCUUUGCCCAUUGGUUUGGAGAGAAGCCAUUUUCUGGAAAGAAUUCCCCUUGCGACAACUUCUUAGUUGCUGUCAUCACUUUGGGAGAAGGAUAUCAUAACUUCCAUCAUGAGUUUCCGGUCGACUACCGUUGUGGAUAUCAUUUACUUGCUUACGAUCCGACAAAAUGGUUUAUAUGGUUGUGUUCCCAAUUGAACCUAGCCUUCGAUCUAAAAAGGUUUCCCACCAACGAAAUCAAGAAGGGUCAUUUCCAGCAGAUCGAAAGUCAGUUAGAAAAGAAACGAACAGGCAUUGAUUGGGGCAAACCACUGGAUGAAUUGCCGGUUAUAAGCAUUUCAAAAUUUGAGGAGUAUGUCAGAAGUGGCCAGCCCCUCAUUUCCAUUGACGGCGUCGCUCAUAAUGUGUCUGACUUUGUCGAUCAUCAUCCGGGCGGACCCAGUAUAUUGCGACAAAAUUUUGGUCAAGAUGCCACAAGAGCUUUCCGUGGAGGUCUCUACCUUCAUUCAAAUGCGGCUCAGAAUCUGCUUUCUUCCAUGCGAUUUGCACGAGUAGCCAAUGAUGAUGAAUCGGAAUUAGGCCAAAUUUUGGGCUAA